AUGGAGCUCACACGACAGUAUGAGAGUUCCGAUCAAGAAGAUGAUGACGAUUUCCCAUGUUCAUUUACGACAGCUGUUGGACAAAAGGGGGUGCCUAUCCCCCAACCCCCUCUGGAUCUGCCUAUGGUUUGUCUACAGUGUUUGGUUGUCUGUGUGGAGUAUUCCGCUGUGAUUCAAAGCGUUACUGAUCAGAACACAGAUCAGUUCACGCUUUACCGGCAAUUACACUUCCUUGUUGAUGACAGAGUCCUUCAUGCAGUCAUUGUAUUUGCUAAGUGGAUGUCGGACAUGUUGUUUGCAUGUCUGUUGGUCUGUUGCGGGGCUGUCUUGUGUCAGGGCAAGGAAACUUCUCGGAUACAAAUUAUCAAUGAACGAGACAACUGGUGGGAGGCUCAAAGACGAUGUAAAGACAACGGAGGCAAGUUGUACACACCAGGCUCAGAUGACAUACCAGAAAAGCUUGUGGAGAAUCUACAGUCCGACACCUACUACUGGAUAGGUGCUAUGAGCUACAGGGCCUGGCUAUGGACAGUAGAUUCAAGUCCCCUGUUCACCUAUGCUGGUUUCCUUCCUCUGGGGAGUGUGACAGUAGAACCAAAGGGAACAUAUCUUGAUAACUCGGUAUGGAAGUGCCAUCUUCACUGCAGUCCAGCAUAUUCAGUCGGCAUGAAGGAUGGUGUGCAACGACCUCGCUCCGAACAACUGGUGGUGGAGGGUGAUAAGCAGGAGAGGAACUGGUGGACGGCGACAAUGAAGAAAGAAACUGGUGGCCUUGCAGCGGUGGGGUGGGAAGAGGCUCUGAAAUACUUUGGUUGGGACUAUACCCCUGAUAAAAUCCAGAAACUACCACCGCCGAUGAGGUCGGAUAAACAAUACGAGAUGAUGCAGAAACCCGGCUCCGGGCCGAGAUGA